CAGCACGCGGCAGGUACCAACCACUGCAAGCCCCCACCUAGAGCUUGUAACAUAAUCACAACUUCACCUUUUACAAACGCCAAAGCCUCGUCUACAUUUUCAACUUGACAUAAUAAUAAUAAUAGGUACCGCCUAAGAUACCUAACUUCAUUCUCACACGCCAAAGAACAAACCAUCCUCUCUUCAUAUGACGUAGAAAGGAAUAAUAAUCUACGAAGAGGAAAAAAAAAUACUACCAUCCCAACGACCAUGGCAAACCCAAAAGUCGCCGAGGCCUUAACCAUGGUCCAAACAUCCUCAAUGCCAGCCAUCGCCUUCGAAAGCAUCCUCUUUAACAUUCAAACAAUAUCGUCGCCGCAGACCGCACUUAAUGACCUCAAAGUUAUCAUAGAAGCCAUCUGUAACAACAGUCAUAACAAUAACACCACCACCACCCCCUCCUCCUCCGACUCGCAGCAGCAGCAGAAGCAGCUUGGCGUCGUCGCCCAACGCUCCCUCUUCAACUCUUUCAUCGCCGCCGCCCGCACCUUCAACGACCCGGACCUCUGGGUCGCCGCCGCCAACCACGCCCUCGAGAUCUUGUCCGCAGCCAGCGGCCAGGCCUCGGUGUCCGUGUCGACCGCCGCCUCAGCCACCACGUCCGGCACCUUCGCCGACGAGGUGGCCGCUCUGCUCAGGCUCGCGGCCGACGGGUACGAGGCGCUGGAGGACAACCUGGCGGCGGCGCGGGCGCUGUCUGAGAUCCCGCUCGACAGCUCGCAGCGCCGCGUGUCGGCCGAGGACCGCGUGCGCGUCUGGGUGCGCAUCGUGCGCAACUACCUCGAGGUGGACGACACCGCCGCCGCCGAGACCUACCUCAACAAGCUCAAGAACGUCAUCUACCAGGUCGCCGACCCGGCCCUCAACCUCCACUUCCGCCUGUCCCAGGCCCGCAUCCGCGACGCCAAGCGCGAGUUCCUCCCCGCCAGCCAGGCCUACCACGACAUCAGCCUGUCCCCCGCCCCCAUCUCCGACGACGAGCGCCUACACACCCUCAGCAUGGCCGUCAAAUGCGCCGUCCUCGCCCCCGCCGGGCCCUUACGAAGCCGCGUGCUCGGCCGCCUGUUCAAGGACGAACGCUCGCCCAACCUGCCCGAGUUCGGCAUGCUCGAGAAGAUGUUCUUCGACCGCCUGCUGGCGGCGGACGAGGUGCAGAAGUUCGCCGAGGGCCUGGCGCCGCACCAGCUAGCGACCACCGCGGACGGGUCGACGGUCCUAGCCCGCGCCGUCGUCGAGCACAACCUCCUCGGCGUCUCGCGGCUGUACAGCAACAUCGGGUUCGACGCGCUGGGCGAGCUGCUGGGCCUAGGUGCCGACCGCGCCGAGGACACGACGGCCAAGAUGAUCGAGCAGGGCCGCCUCGUGGGACGCAUCGACCAGAUCGAGCGCAUCAUCUGGUUCGAGCACGGCGAGGCCUCGGGCGAGAAAGGGAGUGGGCGCGCCGAAGUCACGGCGGGCAAGGAGAUGCGUCGGUGGGAUACCAACGUACAGAGUCUCGCUGAGGAAGUCGAGAACGUUACGAAUGCGUUGCAGCGCGAAUUCCCCGAAUUCGUCGCCGCGAAUCUGGUGGUGUGAAAUAGCAAGCAGGCGGGAAAGAAGGACUGCAAGCAGAAAACCAUGAACGCGGGAAAAAAGGGGAAGGGAAGGGAAUGGAAAGCGAGGCAUUGCAGUGGAUUUUCUAGAUUAUGAGUUAUGGCGUUGCCGGAUAAUGACUGAAUGCAUAAGUUACAUAGGAGGUAGAUAAACACGGCGUCAAGGACGGACACGUUACGCAUAGCAUGACUUAGGGGAAUUCUGGAGAGUAAGAAGCCCCUCUCAUUCCACCAUCAUCAAUCAAAUAGAGAGAGUAUCAAGGGACGAAUGAAUAACACG